AUGGAUCGAGGACGCCUUCCAGACGAAGAGGACGCCGAUCUGUUCCGAGUACCGGAUACCGCUGGUGGAGCUGGUUUCGUGCCAUCCGGUUCAACUGACAGAUGGCUAGAUGGUACAAAGUACCGUGUCGGGGACUGCCUGCCGUACCGUGGAGAGGCAUGCCGGCAAUUCUUGAGUGGGCGGAGUGUGAUGAUGACAAGUGAGAGUCGAGAAGAUAUGUAUGAUAUUGGUGAGUCAUCAUACCAUUUGUAA